AUGGCGAGUCUCUGGCAAGCCGUGACAGGUGCAGGUCCGUUAGCAGACGAUUACGCUGGUGUGGAGUUCUGGUUGAACCCGGAGCGCACCGGGUGGCUGACAAAGCAAGGAGAGUAUAUAAAGACAUGGCGUCGGCGGUGGUUCGUGUUGAAACAAGGCAAGCUCUUCUGGUUCAAAGAUUCAUAUGUUACGCGUAUCUCUAAGCCUCGAGGAGUCAUCCCUGUUGGUAAUUGCCUCACCGUCAAAGGUGCUGAAGAUGUUCUCAACAAGCAGUUCGCUUUCGAGCUCUCUACCAGCAGAGAGACCAUGUACUUUAUUGCCGAUUCCGACAAGGAGAAAGAGGAGUGGAUCAACUCUAUCGGUCGUUCAAUCGUUCAGCACUCGAGAUCUGUUACCGAUAACGAAGUCGUUGAUUACGAUAGCAAGCGGUGAGGAUCCAAGUAUCC